AUGGCUUUCGCUCUACGGGCCACUCAACGCCGCCUCCCGCGCUCUCUCCACUACAUCAAUCCCUUCUCCACCUCCGCCUCCGCCUCAUCUCACGACCUCCGCGAGCUCCUCCGCAUCCAACGCAUCCUCAGUGAUCCCACAACAACCACCCAGCCCCCGCAAACCCAAGAACACCCACGAGGUGCCGCCGCCGCCACCGACCUGCACCAUCUGCUCCACCGCACGGCCGGCCUCACCACCGCUGACGCCACCUCCCUCCUCCGUCGCAUCCCUAACACCCACCGCCUGGGCCGCCUUCUCCAAGAACUUCGUGGCCUGCGCCUCCCGGCGGACGAGAUCAAGAACGUCCUCAAGUCCGAUCCCGACGGGGUUCUCUCCAUGGAGCCCGGCGAGCCGUCCCGCCUCGUAGAGAUCCUCGACGAGCUCCGCUGCCGGGAACCUGUCAAGGACCGGCUACUCUCUGACGGCGUACUCCGCGCCGCAAUCGCCACGAGGCGGCGGGUGGAGCUCCUGCACGAGCGCGGGCUGAGCCGGCGGGAUGCGCUGAGGGUGCUCUCUGUCGAGCCUCGGGCGAUUCUAUAUAGCCUAGAGGAUGUGGAGAGGAAGGUGGAGUUCUUGGUGAGCAGGAUGGGGUUUCAGAUUGGUUGGCUGGUGGAGUACCCGGAGUUCUUGGGGGUGAAUCUCGACAGGUGGAUCAUCCCGCGGCACAAUGUGGUGGAGUACCUGGAAUCGGUGGGCGGGCUUGGGGACCCCAUUGAGAUGAAGCAUUAUGUGAGAUUAAGCCGUCUCAGGUUCUACAAUAUGUUUGUGAAGCCAUACCCGGAGUGCGAAAGGAUUUUCGGAGGGCUGGUCAGGGAGAGGAAGAAUGAGGUGAGGCCGAGACAUCCUGUGGGACUGUGGAAGUUGUUUAAGCCGACAAAGUAUAAGAGCACUGAGGAGGACGUGAAGCACAUGAAGUUGACGGUUGAAUCACUUCAUUAGCUCUGUUGAGAAUACCAUUUGGCAGAGGUUCUGAUCAUGAUUCUGGGGAUUUCAUGGUGGUCACAUUGCGGUUGGUAUUGUGAAAUGUACCUAUUCAAUGAGAUGUUUAUCUAGUUUAAGGUUGAGCUUGAUUAUAAUGCCCUGAUCAUAUUACG